AACUGAGGUAAUAAAGUUGCUCAGUAUUUCAUCUAACAGAUGGGAUUAGCUGGAUGCAUCCAGACAUGAAUGUAUAGCUGUUCUAUUUAUUGGGUUUCUAUGGCGUAGCUGUUGUAUUGUUUUGGUUGGGAAAUUUGCCUGCUACAGCAACGAAUCACUUUCACUAAGUGAUGGAUGAGCAGACGGGCUCUCCUGCAGGCAACGCUGACAACAACAGCCAGAGAAAUGGAGACGAGAAACCUCAACGUGGCAGCUGGACCAAAGGGAGGAAGAGGAAGAAGCCAAUGAAGGACAGCAACGCGCCCAAAGCUCCCCUGACGGGCUACGUUCGCUUCAUGAACGACAGGCGGGAGCAGCUGCGGGCGGAGCGUCCGGACGUGCCCUUCCCAGAGAUCACCAGGAUGCUGGGCAAUGAGUGGAGCAAGCUGCCCCCGGAGGAGAAGCAGCGAUAUUUGGACGAAGCGGAGCGAGAUAAGGAGCGCUACAUGCGAGAGCUGGAGAAGUACCAGAAGACCGAGGCCUACAAGCAUUUCACCCGGAAGGUCCAGGAGAAGCAGAAGGGCAAGAGGCACCGGGGAGAUGUUGGGCACCAAGUCGCCAGCGAGGCUCUUCAUGAGAAAGACGCGGAAGGAAAGGACAGGACCGUGUUUGACAUCCCAAUCUUCACGGAAGAGUUUCUCAACCACAGCAAAGCGCGAGAGGCCGAGAUGCGGCAGCUGCGCAAGACCAACAUGGAGUACGAGGAGCGCAACGCGGCGCUGCAGAAGCACGUGGAGAGCAUGCGCGGGGCGGUGGAGCGGCUGGAGGGCGACGUGAUGCAGGAGCGGGAACGCAACGGGCUCCUGCACCAGCACCUGGAAACCCUGCGCCAGGCGCUCACCUCCAGUUUCUUAACGGUGCCUCUGCCAGGCAGCGGAGAAACCCCGACCCUCGACACCAUCGACUCUUACAUGAAGAAGCUCCACACCGUCAUCGUCAGCAGCCCACAGGAGCACGAGAGUCUCAUCAACACAGUGAGAGACGUAGUCAGCCGCCUGGACAGAUAAUCGGACGGAGUUCAGCUGAUUUGAUGGGCCGGGAUUCGUCUUCAAGACGUCUCAUCAGCUUGUCGUCUCCCGGCUGAGUUACAAAAAUGUCCAGACUCUGCUGUGAUCACAUUGGUGACUGUGUGGUAGCGUCUCAUAUUAAUUUAUUUUGUCCCCAACAGUUUACGCCUGAUUGGUAGGGCGGUAGUGAUCUUCUUGAACCGGACAUUUUCUGAUGUUUCCAUCCUCUCCAUUCAUGUCUAGCAGCUGCCUCCUCACCAGGCCCAUCACGAUCACACAUGCUGUGUUUGUGUUACUCCGUUACCGAGAAAUAUCCCUGACAUGUCUGUUACUCUCGUAUAAUCGGUCGAAGAAGAAGAAGAAUGAGGAGAAAAGAAAAAAAAAAACUUGUGCCA